CUUUGAGCCAAGAUGCAUCGCUCUGCACAAAAGUCCAAACUUGAUAAGUCCAAGAGGCCGUCUAUCAAAGAGACAACACCUACAAAGCAUGAUCUAGGAAUAGAAGAUUCACACUCUAGUGGCUUCACCCAGGCUGAGUGGAGCAAUAUGUUGAUCCAGGAAGAUGGAGAUGAAGCAGUGGGGGAAAUAAUGGAUGAAUUGCUAAGGAAGGUCAUGGACAAGUGUUAUAAGGUGUACAUGGAAAAACAGCUUGCACCUUUCUCAGUUUCCUGGGCCAAGAGUUACAUUGCACAGACUCUAGAGCACCAAAUCUUUUACACAGAAGAGGCAGAACCAUUUAAAGGAUGUAUAACAGAGGAUUCUGAGCCUGUCCCAGCAAUUCCAGACUUCUGGGCUCCAGGAUGUGUGCCUGUUGUACAUGCCACCCAUCAGCCACAAUGCAUCACACAGGAGGAGGCUGACAGUGACUGUGCUCCAAUACAAACAAAGUCAAGUUUCGGAAAGCAACAUGAUAUUGUUUCCCUAAAAACAUUCCCCAUAAAGCAAGAUGAAGAAAAAAGUCCCAGAAAAUAUGACAGUGACAUAUACUGUAAUGUGCUUAGUCCAAGUCCCCUACCAAAAAUUAGUAGUAACAAAAAACAGUAUGUGAAUAAUACUUCCAAAAGUGGCCCCAGAAAAUUACUUCCUUCCCUGUCCUGCUCAAAUGCAAACAAUAAUGUGGAGGUAGAGGGUAAAAAAAUGGAAUACUCUGCUGAUAAACAGAAGAAGGCAUUGCUACGCGAACACAACAACCACAAGCCUAUACAAAAGCUGGAUCCACUUUCCUUGCCUCGAAAUUGGAUAUCUCUUCAGUAUGAGAUUGUAGAUAACAACACAAAACCCAACCCCAAAAAACUCAGUGGACCACUUAGACCUGAACAAAAAUCCAAUAAGCAGCAAAGAACACCUAAGCCACCAACCAGUUCCAAGGAUCAGCCAGAAAGAUAUCAGAGGAGAAAUGAGGAUGAUGUCUGCCUGUCUAAACAUGAAAAGGAGCGGCAUGCAAUUUCUGGGCCUGUGAACCUGGACGCAAUGGUCUUAGCCAAGGGGGUUUCACUCUUAGAUCCUGAGGAUGGUGAAAAGAAAACUCUGGAAUUUAACUACCCGUCACGGUCUGCCGAGCUAAAGCUGAUAAAAAUGUAUCCACCUGUCCCACCAUAUUCAGCUGAUCAAGUUACUGCAGGUCCACCACCUCGGGUCGUCCCACUGUCUCAGUCCACAAACUGCAACAGCUGAUUUUAAAUUUAAGGAAGUGUCUACACGUGUUUUCAGAGCUCAUUGAACAGCAUGUUAAUGAAAUAAUAAAAAUCACUCACACAAGUACUCAUCAUAUUGUGUCUGCUUUAGGCAAAGUUGUAAAAAAAAAAGGAUAAAACAUGGUCUGUAAAGGUUCUGGCUCUAUACAUGAAAGUCAUUCUACAUAUAUAUUUUGUAUAAUGUAUUACCAAAACAUAUGAACCAGUGUUACACCUGUAACAGUGUAAAAUCAUUACAAUAUGUGUAUUAAUCUAUAAUCUACUAAUACACUACAUUAGAGUAUGCAUAAUUAAAUGGAUAAUGGAUUUGUUGUUUCAAGAUAAGGUUUUUUGUUUAUAUUCUAAUGACUUUCUUUUGUAAUAAAAGGAUUUAUUUAGCUUUAAAUAUGUUGUUC